GGCCGCGCCUGCGCAAUGGAAGCCGCCCCCCAAGCGGAAGUAGGGGAGGAAGCCCCGCCCCUUUCCCUGCUUCACAGGCCCCUUUGGUCUCCCCCACCCGCGCUCUCCGAGCCACGAGUUCGUCGCGCUCUUUCUGUCGGUGCUUGGGAGCUUUCCGCGGCGUUUCCCCUGCGCCGGCUUGAGCCUGCCCCUCCCCACGCGCGGGCUCGCGCUCCGGUCUCGGUCCGGCCUCCGGCCCGCAGCGCCCCCAGGCCCUUUCCUUCCCGCUCGGCCGCCGCGCGCGACGCUGGCACCAUGCUCUUCUACUCCUUUUUCAAGUCCCUUGUGGGCAAGGAUGUGGUCGUGGAACUCAAGAAUGACCUGAGCAUCUGUGGAACCCUGCAUUCUGUGGACCAGUAUCUCAACAUCAAGCUAACUGACAUCAGUGUCACGGACCCUGAGAAAUACCCUCACAUGCUGUCCGUGAAGAACUGCUUCAUCCGGGGCUCCGUGGUCCGCUACGUGCAGCUGCCGGCAGACGAGGUGGACACGCAGCUGCUGCAGGACGCGGCGAGGAAGGAAGCUCUGCAGCAGAAACAGUGACGCCGCUGUCCCCGCCGCCCCUUCCCUCGGUGGCCGCUAAGCUCCUGUCUCGGCUGGGGCCCUUCCCUCCCCUCCCCCUCAACACUGGAGGGUUUUUUCUUCUUUUUUUUUCUCUAAGGGAUCGGUGUGUGCGAAGGAAGGGAGCAGCCUUCCUCUGGGAAGGGGGCGGGGACUACGCAGCCUCCCACCCACCCGCGCCUGCCUUCUCCCCCUCCCGGAGUGCUGGGAGUUCGGGGGCUCCUGAGGUCUUCCCAGGGCAUCAUGUUACUCAUUUGGGGGAUGGAAGAAAUCUGUCCCGCAUCGGGAAUAAAAUUUAUGCAAACUUAA